AUGGACGCUGCUGCUUCACCGGAACACCCUGACGGACUCGUGCGCACUGUCACGCCCAAUGGCUCGCUCGCCUGGGCUCCUCCCGCUCAGCCAGGCCAGCAGGACCCGCCUCUCCCGACGACCCCGUCUUCAUCGCUCAACUUGAAGCGCGCGCGCUCGCCGGGACAGCAGGCGCACGCGCAGGGACAGCAACAUGACGACGACGACGUUGACGCAGAGGGAGAACCCGACGUGCCCUCCAACGCGACGCCCGCCGUCACCGCCAGCGUCGACCAACAUCCCCCGCUGAACGACGCUCCUCCCGCCGGUGCUGCUGGUCCCGCUGGGCCUACCCAGGCUGAGCAUGACGACGGCGAACCGUCAUCGAAGAGGCCGCGCAGGGCGGCAGCGCAGGCAUCGGCGAGGGCGACUCGCCAACUCUCGAAGCAGCAGAGGGGCGACUCGAGCAGCGACGAGGACGAGGAGGUCAUCGACGCGACGGACGAGGGCAACCAAGACAUUGCAGUUGAUAACAAACUUGCGCCCGCUCCGCCUCCGCCGGUCAAGAAGGAGCCCAAACCCAAACCCGAGCGCAAGAAGCCGGGUCCGAGGAUUCACAAGCUCCCCAAGUCCGCCCUGGCUCAGCAACAGCAACACCAGAUUCCUCCGCCUACUCUCGACCUCGCCAUCGCGCCCGGUGUGCCCGGCGCCGGUCCGCUUGUUGGCGACUUGGCCGUCCUCGACCCAGUCGCAGGUCCAUCGGGAACGGCUGGCGACGGCGCACCUGGCCCUGCUGCACCUUUGGCACCUCCUCCCGAGCCUAUCAUUGCCCACCUCGUCCCGGUCCAGCCGUCCGACGGCGAGAUGCCCGAACGCACGGCGUACGACAAGGCCGUCGACGACUACAUCCUCAGCUUGCACCCUAUCAAGCGCAAUAAAGCUCUCAUGACCGACGCGCUGCACGACCUCGUCCUCAAGAUCCUCAUCGAGCCGCAGAACACGCAACUCGGCGACCCGCAGCUGCGCUUCUGGGUCCGCCAGCGCUUCACCCUCCUCGAGCAGCCCGAAGGCAAGUACGUCCUCCACGACUACAAGAAGGUCGUCCUCAAGGACGCCUUGUGGGAAACGAUCGCCUCUGCGCACGCCGAGACCAAGCACGGCGGACGCGACAAGACUUAUGCGGCGGUCAAGAAGGGGUGGUCGUAUGUCCCGAAAGAGGUCGUCACCGUUUUCGUCAAGCUUUGCCCGACGUGCGGCGGGAAGCGCGCGACGGAGCGCAAGAGCACGGGUCCGAGGGAGAAGAAGCCGAAGGAGCCGAAGGCUGAGGGGCUGCCGACUGUUCUGGCGGGCGCGGACGGGCAGGACAUUCAGGCGCGUGCGGCGGCGGCGCAGCAGCUCCGGACGGCCGAGAGUGGGAACGCCGUGGCUGGCCCGUCGAGCUCGACGGACGACGCGACGGCUGCGCUCGUUGCGGCGCUCGGAGCGUCGCACAACAGCCAUGCGCUCAACAUGCGCGCCUCGUUCGAAGCAGGCCAGGCGGGACCAAGCGGCGAGAAGGGUGCUGGGUACGGCCAGAACGGCGUCGGGCUGUUGCCGCAACCAUCGCAGCAGGGUCAGCAGGGUCAGCAGCAACAGUCGCAGGGUCCUGCCGCCGCCGCCUUCCUCCCCCUUCCGCAACAAGCGCAUAACGGUCCCCCGCUCUCGUCGCUCCUCGCCGCCGGCGCCGGACAAGCGCACCAGCACCCGAUGCACCCAAUGCCCCUGUACGCCUAUCACCCUCACGCUCAGCACCAGCACCCGCAACACCAGCUUCCGCCUCCUCAACAGUCGCAUCCGCACACUCUCCCUCUCCCGCCCGCUCAGUACGGCGCAGCGCAGUACCACCCUUACACAGCGCAUCCCGACUACCCGCCUCUUCCUAUGCCGCCUCCGCCGCAGCCGUGA